UGGAGAUGAAUUUUCCACUCAUGGAAGGGGAGGAAAGGGCAGAGGGUGGGGGCUUCCUUGGGAAGCUCGGGGAUGAGUCACCAAGAGACAGGGCACUGGAGGGUGGAGAGGAUAUGGAGCCGGAUCAGGCUGGGGGGCUGUGGGCCGGCAGGGCGGCAGCAAUGGGAAGCUGCUGAUGCAGCAGCCGAGAGGAGUCAGAUUGGACGCUGGGAAGAUACAACCAGAGGUCCCCUGAGAAGGGUUAUCAAGUCUCCGAAGGGUACCCUGCCGUGAAGACCUGGUGUACACACUCUGUGCCUGAUGGAGGCAGGACAAGAUGAAACCGACCAAAGGUAGCGUGAGGGGCUCAGGCUAGAUGGCAGGAAGGACUUGGCUUGGAGAAGCACCAGAUUUAAAUUCCAGAUUAUCCGGUCGGUCUUAGGAGGCAGAGGUGGACCGAGCACUGAGCCAGCCUCAGCAGGACCUGGUCUCUCCGGGGCAGGAUGGCCCAGGAUCUCAGCGAGAAGGAGCUCUUGAAGAUGGAGGUGGAGCAGCUGAAGAAGGAAGUGAAGACCCCAAGAGCCCUGAUUUCUAAGACAGGAAAGGAAAUCAAAGAUUACGUGGAGGCUGAAGCAGGAAAUGACCCUCUUCUCAAAGGCAUCCCUGAGGACAAGAAUCCCUUCAAAGAGAAAGGCGGUUGUCUGAUAAGCUGAUGGCACUGGAGCCCCUCACCCAGACUGCCUGCCCCUCCUCAGCCCCCUCCUCAGCCAGAACCAAAUGUCCUGGGUCACCCAGGCAGCCGGUGGCUGUUCACUGUCUCUUAGAGAAUGAGUAAAGACGCCCGGCUCCACGCACUGGCAGUCCGUGCCCUAG